CUAGAACUCAGCAACCUGCAAAAAUGAAAACAAAGCGCGAAGUGGCUCAGGUGAGCCGAGGCGGAGGCUGUUGUCAUUCCAAGAUCGACUCAAAACAGCGCCAGCUGGUGAUGAUCAUCGCUCUGACAGUCUUUUUGCUGGCGCAAAUUGACGGCGCCGCGCCUGUCAUCCACUCUCUCAAAUAUAUCAAGACGGCGUCAUUUCAAAUUCCAAACUUCCCAGAGUUCUUGAGCGUGGGUUACGUUGACGGCGUUCAGAUUUCACACUACGACAGCGAGAACAGAAAAUCGGUAGCCAAACAGGAGUGGAUGGAGAAAAUCACAGCCGAGGAGCCACGCUACUGGGAGAGACAGACACAGAUCAAUAUUGCUAAUCAGGAGAGAGACAAAGUUAGCAUUCGUAAUCUUCAAGAGCGCUUCAACCAAACAGGAGGUCUUCACAUGAUCCAGCGGAUGGUUGGCUGCCAAUGGGACAAUGUGACCGACCAGGUCGAUGGUUGGUAUCACAUCAGUUACAACGGGGAAGACUUUCUGUCAUUUGAUUUGAAGGGAUCGAGGUGGAACGCCAUCCAAUCGCAAGCUAUUAUCACCAAAAACAAGUGGAAUGAAGUGGAACGCUAUAAUGAAUACUUGAAGUAUUACUUGACUGAGGAAUGUCCUUCAUACUUGAAGAAGUACGUGAACUUUGGGAGAGACGUUCUGAUGAGAACAGUGCUCCCACGAGUGUCCCUGCUCCAGAAGACUCCGGAAUCGCCGGUCACCUGCCACGCCACGGGUUUCUACCCCAGGACGGCCGCCCUCUUCUGGAGGAAGGACGGCGAGCGGCUCCACCAGAACGUGGAGAUGAACGAGAUCCUCCCCAACCACGACGGGACCUUCCAGACCAGCGCUCGCCUCAUAACGGUGGAACGACGAGCUCGGUAUGAGUGCGUCUUCCGGCUGGACGGCGUCCCGGAGGACGUGGUCACCCCGCUGGACCUCGCCGAGGUAUUGAGCAACGAGCGCAUAGAAGCGCGAGAAAGGAGGAGGACGCCGGUGGCCGUCGCCGUCCUGUUGGUCCUCCUCUCUCUGGGUGUCGCCGUCACGGCCUUUGUCGCCAAGCGUAAACAAGAGGAAUAA